AAUAACAAGUAAAGGCUAUUUUAAGUCAAGUUUAUCAUUGUUUCUAUGUUAAAUAUGAAUUGUUAAUUUGUAUAAUUUGAUUAUCCUCAAAUCGUUCUCAACUUUUAUCUUUGUUUCCCCUCAUUUUGUAAAUAUUCUUGCAAGCCUCGAGAGGAUGAAUGUCAAUAAUGAUGGAUCUAAUCAAACCAAACAAAAGACUAUUUUCAAACAAGUCGGUGAAAAUUCUUACAAAUUUUUGCUUGGUUCGAUUGCUGGUGCUUGUGGGGUUACUGUUAUUUAUCCAAUUGAUCUCGUUAAGACUCGUAUGCAAAAUCAAAGAUUUGCUAUGAAUGAGUUAGAUGGAAUGGUUUACAAGAAUAGUUUUGAUUGUUUCAGGAAAGUAUUGGUUAAUGAAGGAAUUAUUGGUUUGUAUAGAGGACUGGCCCCUCAGUUUAUUGGUGUUUGUCCAGAGAAAGCUAUUAAGCUCACUGUUAAUGAUUUUAUGCGCGAUAAAUUAAUGAGUGAUUCGGGUAAAAUCACUCUUUUAGCUGAAGUCAUCUCAGGUUGCACAGCUGGAGCUGCUCAAGUGUUCAUCACAAAUCCCUUAGAAAUUGUUAAAAUUCGCCUUCAAGUGGCUGGAGAAGAGGGGAAAAUACUUAAUGCAUUUACUGUAAUGAAAGAACUUGGACUUAAAAAUUUAUACAAAGGAGCUUCAGCUUGUUAUCUCAGGGUUGUUCCCUUCGCUGGUAUCUAUUUUCCUAUUUAUGCCAAUUGUAAAAAAUAUUUUGCUUCAGAAGAUGGAUACAACACGCCUGGAUCUUUGAUUCUCGCAGCAAUCAUAGCAAGUCAACCGCCUGCAGUUCUGCUAACACCAGCCGAUGUGAUAAAGACAAGGAUGCAAGUAACGGCACGUGAAGGUCAAACUUCGUACAACGGACUAAUUGAUACUAUUCGUAAAAUUUGGAGAGAAGAAGGCUUCAAUGCUUUCUGGAAAGGCGCUGGCACAAGAAUGCUUCGAAGUUGCGGCCAAUACGGAACAACUAUUUUUGCCUAUGAAAUGCUACAAAGAUGGUUUUAGAGCUACAACUCUAAUGUUUCGCAAAGUAGAUGAGCAUUGUUUUAUUUAUUUCAAAGAGCUUAUAGUUCACAUUCCUGUGCAUCGCCAAAUGAUUAACUUAUAAUUGACUUAAUUCGAAGGAAAUUUAGAAAACCAUGAAGUUAGAAAAAUAUCAGACAAUCAAUAAUUGAGUUUAUUAGCUAUUACCCUAUUUUCAAGUAAAUCCAGUCAUGUGAAUAGGCAACCCGUAGACUCAGUUUACAGUUAACCUACUGUUACUUUAUAAAUUGGUUACUAAUCAUCAGAUAACUUUGGUUGACCGAUAGAAGCCAAAAAUCUUUCAAACUUAUAAGUUAUAAGACACUGUUUAUACCCAGAAAAGGAUCAAAUUUGGAACUGAUCAAAAUAAUCUUCCAAACAUUUACCUAUUUUUCUAGAUUUGUUUCCUAACAUCUGACGGGUAAAGACUAAUGAGUGCAAAAAAAUGUCUUCUCUUUUCAUAAUGUUAUUUGUUAUAGCUUUACUAAUUUAUUAUGCUUUAAUACUAUUUAUUAGUUGUAAAUUAAGAUUUAAUUAUUAAAGUGCUGCAACUUUAAUGAAA